CUUUUAAUGGUAGCUGAUGGUUUGUGAUGGUAUUUGUAUUGGAAACCAUUAGUAUUUCUGUGAUGGUUUCUAUUGUUGUUGUUUUUUCCAGGUCCUUACAAGGACAGUAAGACAAACGUGUGUGUGUGUGUGUGUGUGUGUGAGAGAGAGAGAGAGAGAGAGAGAGAAUAUCUGGCUUGUAUCCCACUUGUAUGUGUGGAUAAAGACUCAGGAGCAGCAGCUCUCUCUCUCUCUCUCACACACACACCAACAGCGUGUCUGCGCUUGAAUGGAGCAUGUUUUCGGUAAAAACUCCUUGCUUUCUCUUUCUGUUAUUCUGUGUGGUGUAAAUCUGUGUGUAAAUUCAUGGUUCCACAGUGGAAAUGGGACUCGUAGGCGAUAUGCUCGGGUGAUAAAUUCAGAGUAGAGGAGGCUGUGCUGAGGAACUGCGUUAUUCUCCUUAUGUGUCUGAUGCUGAAGAGGCUGAGUACAGCAGAUGUUAUUUUAUAGAGAAAUCCUUGGGAACGGUUGGAGGUAGUCUGAUGUUAUGGCAAUUUGGAAGAAGAACAUUUGCAUUGCAUGACAGUGCAGGCAGACAAUGGCGGAGAGAUGGCUGUGGACGUUAGUGCCAUGGAGAGGAGGCUGGAACCCGCGCUCCAAAGCGCCUGGACAAGAGGAGGAACGCCGUGUUAGAGCCAAUGACCGUGACUACAAUGAGAAGUUCAGUUACUCUGACAAUCACAUCAAGACAGCGAAGUACACCUUCUAUACCUUUCUACCUAUUAACUUGUUUGAGCAGUUUCAGCGGUUUGCCAACGCAUACUUCUUAGUUCUGCUUAUUCUACAGCUAAUCCCGGAGAUCUCCUCUCUGUCCUGGUUCACCACUAUUGUGCCUUUGGUGUUGGUACUGACUAUCACCGCUGUAAAAGAUGCUACUGAUGACUAUUUCCGCCAUAAAAGUGAUCAACAAGUCAACACACGCCAGUCUCAGGUACUCAUCAAGGGAAUGCUACAAAAUGAGAAAUGGAUGAAUGUUAGAGUUGGAGACAUUAUAAAACUUGAGAACAACCAGUUUGUUGCUGCGGAUCUGCUCCUGCUCUCCAGCAGUGAGCCCUAUGGGCUGUGCUAUAUUGAGACAGCAGAGUUAGACGGAGAGACAAACCUGAAGGUGCGCCAAGCUUUGACUGUAACCUCAGACCUCGGAGCAGACGUUGCCAAGCUUGCAGAGUUCGAUGGAGAAGUUCUAUGUGAGCCUCCUAAUAAUAAACUGGAUAGAUUCACUGGGACUCUGUACUGGAAAGACAAUAAGUAUUCACUGGACAAUGAGAAAAUGUUGCUGAGAGGGUGUAUGCUCAGAAACACUGAGUGGUGCUUUGGCCUGGUCAUCUUUGCUGGGCUCCAAACCAAGCUAAUGCAGAACUGUGGAAGGACGAAAUUCAAAAGGACCAGCAUUGACAAGUUGAUGAACACUUUAGUACUGUGGAUCUUUGGAUUCCUCAUCUGCAUGGGCAUCAUUCUGGCUAUCGGGAACACCAUCUGGGAGCAAAAAGUUGGGAAAAACUUCUGGGCAUACCUGCUUUGGGAUGAACUGCUAAGCAGUGCUGUCUUAUCCGGAUUCCUCACUUUCUGGUCUUACAUCAUCAUCCUCAACACUGUUGUUCCCAUCUCUCUUUAUGUUAGUGUUGAGGUGCUGCGUCUAGGCCACAGUUUUUUCAUAAACUGGGACCGGAAGAUGUACUACAGUUCUAAGGACACUCCGGCUGAGGCAAGAACCACCACCCUGAACGAGGAGCUGGGCCAAGUGGAGUUCAUCUUCUCAGAUAAAACAGGGACCCUCACUCAGAACAUUAUGGUCUUCAAUAAAUGCUCCAUCAAUGGCAAGACUUAUGGUGAUGUAUAUGAUGAGUUUGGACACAAAGUGGAUAUCACAGAGAAAACUCCAUGUGUGGAUUUCUCCUUCAACCUGCUAAUGGACAGGAAGUUUCGUUUCUAUGACAGCAGCCUGGUGGAAGCCAUUAAACUGGAGGAGCCGUUGGUGCAGGAAUUUUUCAGGUUGCUAGCUCUGUGCCAUACAGUCAUGCCUGAAGAGAGGAGCGAAGGGGAGCUGGUGUAUCAGGCUCAGUCACCAGAUGAAGGAGCCUUGGUUACUGCAGCUCGCAAUUUUGGCUUUGUAUUUCGAGCUAGAACACCAGAGACCAUUACCCUGUAUGAGAUGGGUCAACCUGUCACCUACCAGCUUCUGGCUAUACUGGAUUUCAACAAUGUCCGGAAGAGAAUGAGUGUUAUUGUGAGAAACCCAAAGGGGCAACUGAAGCUUUACUCUAAAGGAGCUGACACAAUAAUUUUUGACAGGUUAGACCCAUCCAAUGAGGACCUUAAGAGCACUACCUCAGAACACCUUAAUGAGUUUGCUGGUGAGGGUUUGAGGACGUUAGCUCUGGCCUAUAAGGAUUUAGAUGAGGACAUGUUUGAUGAGUGGAUGAAGAAGCUGCUGUUUGCCAGCACAUCACUUGACAACAGAGAAGAGAGACUCGGGGAUCUCUACGAGGAGAUAGAACAGGGUCUGAUGCUUCUGGGAGCUACAGCCAUAGAAGAUAAAUUGCAGGAAGGAGUGCCAGAAACUAUUAGCUGUUUGAGCCUGGCCAAUAUUAAGAUCUGGGUUCUUACUGGGGACAAACUAGAGACAGCGAUGAAUAUUGGCUACUCCUGUAACAUGUUGAGAGAUGACAUGAAUGAGGUGUUCGUAAUCUCAGGUCACAGCACACUUGAGGUUCAGCAGGAGCUGAGAAAUGCCAAAGAGAGAAUUAUGGGUCCUAACAAAGAGAGGUUCACCAGUGGCCAAGAUGUGACAAAGACUGAUAUGUAUGCCAGUGACUCUGUAUUUGAGGAAACCAUUAUUGCAGAAUAUGCACUUAUCAUUAAUGGACAUAGCUUGGCGCAUGCACUGGAGGCAGACCUGGAGCAGAUCCUGUUGGAAGUGGCCUGCUUAUGUAAGACUGUGAUCUGCUGUAGAGUAACUCCUCUGCAGAAAGCUCAGGUGGUGGAGCUGGUCAAGAGGCAUAAAAGAGCUGUUACCCUGGCCAUUGGGGAUGGAGCCAAUGAUGUCAGCAUGAUCAAGACGGCCCACAUUGGUGUGGGCAUCAGUGGGCAGGAGGGCAUGCAGGCUGUUCUGGCCUCAGAUUACUCCUUUGCCCAGUUCCGCUAUCUGCAGCGCCUCCUGCUGGUCCACGGCCGUUGGUCCUACCACCGCAUGUGCAACUUCCUCUGCUACUUCUUCUACAAGAACUUUGCUUUCACGCUGGUGCAUUUCUGGUUCGGGUUUCUGUGUGGCUUCUCUGCACAAACUGUGUAUGACCAGUGGUUCAUCACCCUGUUCAAUAUAGUCUACACCUCUUUGCCUGUUCUUGCUAUGGGCUUGUUUGACCAGGACGUGAAUGAGCAGUACAGUCUGCGCUACCCUAACUUGUACCAACCUGGGCAGCUUAAUCUCUUGUUCAACAAGCGGAAGUUCUUCAUGUGCACCAUCCAGGGUGUGUACGCUUCAUUUGUCCUCUUCUUCAUCCCCUAUGGGGCUUUCCUGUGUGCUGUGCGAGAUGACGGCACCUACAUAUCUGAUCAGCAAUCCUUCGCCGUUACUAUAGCAACCUCCCUGGUCAUCGUGGUUAGCGUCCAGAUUGGUCUUGACACAAACUACUGGACUGCUGUGAACCACUUCUUUAUAGUGGGUAGUCUGGCCAUGUACUUCGCAAUACUGUUUGCAAUGAACAGUGAUGGCAUCUUCAGAAUCUUUCCAAACCAGUUCCCAUUUGUAGGCACAGCACGUAACUCUUUAAAUCAAAAAAUUGUCUGGCUCGUCAUUCUCCUUGUGACGGUGGUUUGUAUAAUGCCGGUUGUGGCCGUACGCUUUCUUAAGACAGACCUCCAUCCUACACAAACUGACAAAGUGCGCUUGCUUCAGCAGGCCAGCAGGAGGCAGGGGCCUCAGGAGCAGAAUCUGAGACGAGUGCGCAGGACCAGUUCCCGCCGCUCCGCCUACGCCUUCGCCCACCAGCAGGGAUACGGAGAGCUCAUUACUUCUGGCAAGAACAUGAAGGUCCCCACGUCCUCCAACUCAGCCUUCCCUGGCUCAUCUCCACAGAGACUCAAAAGCAGUACCAGUUGGUUGGAGAACAUAGCAAAAAAGGAAACAGACAUGAACCAUACAACAGCUGCUGAAGAGACAGUGUAUUCUGGAGUUACAGAGAAUCCCAGACAUGGAAGCAAGCACAGCCUAGAGUCACAAUACACAAUCUGAUCAACCGGCAGACAAUACAAGAUGUAGGACAAGCUGAAAAAUCCCAGUUCAGUGAAGGUAAGGGGAUUUCUCCGUAGUCAUGCCCAACGGCAGGGAGCAGCACCAGGUGAACUUGUAGGGACUCUAUGAA